AUGGGCAGCAAUCCCGCCGCCGAAUCAGGCGACAACUACAUCUUGUCUCGAAAUUUCCUGUCAUCUGCUCGACUUACAGCGCAACACUCCCUUUUCGUCCUGAAGAACGGGUUCUUGCUGCACCCAGAGAUCGCCAAGCAUAUUCAGCAUACGAGUACUCGUACCGGAUCAUUGGAAAUCGCGGACAUAGCAGCAGGGAACAGGAUCGUGGGCCUGACGUUGGCCCAUGAGCAUCCGCGGGCCAAGGUCGUCGCCCUUGACGUCUCCACAGAGCAGUACCCUCCGGUCUGGACACGUCCCGAAAACAUCGACUUCGGCAUAUGGAACUUCUUCGACCCCCUCCCCGAGGAGUUUGUGGGAAGAUUCGAUGUUGUCCACGUUCGGGCGAUUUGCGCCCCUCUGAUGGCUGGGGGGAGAGAGGCGGUCAUUAAGAAGCUGGUCCAGAUGCUCAAACCCGGUGGCUACAUCCAAUGGUAUGAAACCGUCUCCCAAUGCUUCGCCGAGUUGGAUCAGUCGCUCGAUCCUUUGCCACUCAGCGCGGACUAUUUCAGAUUAUUCGACAAAUACGUCGGGUUGUUCAGCUCUAUCCGGCAGUUUGACCGUCUCGCGACCGAGCUGGAGAGCGAAGGGUUGGUCGAGGUCGAAAGAACGGACUCUCCAAUCAUGCCGUAUCUCCUUGAGCAGGAGACCGACUUUGUCCUAUGGUCCUGCGAUGAAGUGUUGGAGACCUUGCGUCGGAGGGGUGGCAUUCUGGAUAUGAAAGAGCUGGAAGUGGCUCAAGAUCAGUUAACUGCCGAAGUGGCACGCGGGAAAUGCUUGACUUACACUAUGGCGACCUUUAUUGGGCGCAAGACCUAA